ACACCCCCAUACUUUUCCUCGAUCCAUCUCUCCUCCUCCUCUUUUCUACAUCGUAAGAGCUAGCGAGUGAUCUCCUCACUCCUCUCUCUCUCACUGUAUCACCGUUGUUAGUUUGUUGCAGCAAUUCAAGUUCAAGAAAACAGAACAGGGUAUUUCUGCCUUUUGGGACAAUAAGGAGGAAAAAAAGCUAAGUAGCAGUAGUAGCAGGGAAGGGUUUCGACCGGCCAGCUUUUCUUUGGGUGGCUGGGUGACCAUGGCUAGGAAUCAGUUGCAGGUGCUUAAUGCACUGGAUCAGGCGAAGACCCAAUGGUACCAUUUCACAGCAAUCGUAAUUGCUGGCAUGGGUUUCUUCACCGAUGCCUACGAUCUUUUCUGCAUCUCUCUUGUGACUAAGUUGCUUGGCCGAAUAUACUACCAUGUCGAUGGUGCAGCUAAGCCGGGGACCUUGCCUCCUAAUGUAUCGGCCGCCGUCAACGGUGUCGCAUUCUGUGGCACACUCGCCGGCCAGCUUUUCUUUGGGUGGCUGGGUGACAAGAUGGGGCGUAAGCGUGUCUAUGGCAUGACUCUGAUGCUCAUGGUGAUCUGCUCCAUCGCUUCAGGGCUUUCCUUUGGAAGUACUCCAAAAGGCGUCGUGGCGACCCUCUGUUUCUUCCGCUUCUGGCUCGGGUUUGGCAUCGGCGGUGACUACCCACUUUCUGCCACGAUCAUGUCCGAGUAUGCCAACAAGAAGACUCGUGGGGCAUUCAUUGCUGCCGUUUUCGCCAUGCAAGGGUUUGGGAUCUUAGCUGGUGGGAUGGUUGCAAUCAUCAUCUCUGCUGCAUUCAAGGCCAAGUACCCCGCUCCGGCUUAUAAAAUUAAUGCCGCUGCCUCAACUGUCGCUCAAGCUGAUUUUGUCUGGCGCCUUGUUCUGAUGUUCGGUGCAUUGCCUGCUGCUCUGACUUACUAUUGGCGUAUGAAAAUGCCGGAGACAGCUCGAUACACAGCCCUCGUUGCCAAGAAUGCGAAGCAGGCUGCGUCAGACAUGUCCAAAGUGUUGCAGGUUGAGAUUGUAGCCGAACAGGAGAAGGUCGAGAACAUUACCGAGGACAGCAGCAACUCGUUUGGCCUCUUCUCCAAGGAGUUUCUUCGUCGCCAUGGCCUUCAUCUGCUCGGUACCACCAGCACGUGGUUCUUGCUGGACAUUGCGUUUUACAGUCAGAACUUGUUCCAGAAAGACAUCUUCAGCGCAAUUGGGUGGAUCCCCGCUGCAGAGACGAUGAACGCCAUUGAAGAGGUCUAUAGAAUUGCAAGGGCGCAGACUCUUAUCGCUCUGUGCAGUACUGUUCCAGGGUACUGGUUCACGGUGGCCUUCAUCGAUCGAAUGGGAAGGUUUGCAAUUCAGUUUAUGGGUUUCUUCUUCAUGACAGUGUUUAUGUUCGCACUGGCCAUUCCCUAUCAUCACUGGGCCCUGAAGGAAAAUCGAAUUGGGUUCGUUAUCAUGUACUCGCUUACCUUCUUCUUUGCAAACUUCGGGCCUAAUGCCACCACAUUUGUUGUUCCGGCGGAGAUCUUCCCGGCUAGGCUACGGUCGACAUGCCACGGUAUAUCGGCCGCAUCAGGGAAGGCCGGUGCAAUUGUAGGAGCUUUUGGGUUCCUGUACGCAGCGCAGCCUACUGACAAGACUAAGACAGAUGCAGGGUACCCACCAGGUAUCGGUGUGAGGUAUUCACUCGUCAUGCUCGGUGUGAUCAACUUCUUUGGCAUGGUGUUUACACUGUUGGUGCCCGAAUCAAAGGGUAAGUCGCUGGAGGAGAUGUCAGGUGAGAACGAAGAAGAAAAUGAAAAUGUCACAGAGCUGGAGCAGCAGGCCGGUUAUAAUAACAGGACGGUUCCAGUGUAACUGAGACUGAGAGGUUUUUUAUCAGUUCUUAGCAUAAUAUAUUUUGUCUAGGGAGCACUGUUUCUUCCUUCUUUUACUUGUUUAUUUUGCUCAUUUUGGUUCUUACAAGAAGGUUCCGGUUUCUGUAUUGUCUCAAGACUACUCAAUCUAGCUAACAUUAUGUACAACUGAAGUCCUCGUUUCACACCA